AUGGCCGAUAAACUUGGCACUACUGAGGCAAACUUGCUGCUCGGUGAUGCCUAUAUGUCCAUCCAAGAGCCUGAACGUGCAAUGGAAAUCUACGAGACCGUCUUGCGGAAGGACCCAAACGAUGCUCGCCUUGCGUCAAAAAUGGGCCAGGCUCUAAUGAAAACUCACAACUACGCCAAAGCUGUGUCGUAUUAUGAAGCUGCAGUCAAAGGUGGUCAGAAAGCGCUUCAGUGGGAUCUAGCCGAUUUGCUAAUCAAACUGAAACACCAUGAAAAAGCCAAGCGCCUUCUUUUCUCUCUCGUGAACCAUGACACUGCUGAGCCAAGUGGGUUGUUUAUUGUGUUUAUUGGAGAAACCUCUGCAGCUGUUAUUGCUUUCCGACUUACGCUACACUCUUCCCCUCACCAACAAAUUCGUCCACUUUUAGUCUUUCUUAGACUUUCUCACAAUAUGUUCUGGUGAGCGCUAGUUAUUUAGUGCGUCCAUGUGAUGGAUAUCACUUAUGCAGUGAGAUAUGUUGGUUGGGAUUUUGCAAGAUU